CCGCCUUCUACUGACACUGACUUGUUGUAAAGUGAGUUAGCAGCGAAGGCGAAGCUGUUAGCUACUGUCAGCAGCUAAGUCUACUACCAGAGCCGAAGACAUCUGCAACAAGCUGUCUGGAAUUCUUGUUCAACACAGAGGCUUUCAAGUGGAGCAUCAAGUGCCCCCCCCUCACAAGCGAAAGAAAGCAUUACUGGUCUUUCCUGACGGUGCUGUUUUGGAGACUACAGUGGGGUCCAGACUGGAGAAGAAAGAGGCUGAGCAGGAAAAGCAUGGCCGCUAACACUGAGCCCACGUUCACUGUCAAGCUGCUGCAGCUGCUGCUGCUCUCCACCUACUGGGGAAUGCAGAUUUGGGUCACCUUUAUUUCAAGCUUUGUAAUGGACAACCACCUGAACAGACACACUUAUGGGUUUAUCCAGAGUCGCCUUGUCCCAUUUUACCUCCACUUGGGUUCAGCUUGUGCCUUCUUUAACCUCACUAUCUACGCUGUGCAUCAUCCCAGCGACAUGCUGAACGACAGAGAAUCCUUUCAGAUCUUCAUCUUCUUUGUGUCGGUGACAGUCGCGGCUAUCAACGCUCAGUGGUUUGGCCAAAUGACAUCAGAAAUCAUGGCGGACAUGCACCUUAUCGAGCAGGCGUGCGGAUUGGGUCAGGACAUCGGCCUUUCGUCGAAUCGCGAAGCUUACGCCAAGCUGUCUGAGACGGACGUCAAAUACAGACACCUCAGCAGUCGUCUGUGGCUGUACAGACUGCUGUCCUCCCUCUGUAACCUCUGCUGCUUAGGCUGCAACUUCUACAGCCUCUGUUACAUCGCAGAGAACCUCGUCACACUUUGAACUGACACAUAGCAGCUGUACGGUUAACUCUUUGAAAAAUUGUCAGUCCCGCACACUGACUUUCAAAUCUAAAUGUAUAUUUUUGUACCAAACCUGUAAGUCAUAUAUUUAAUACAUAGUUUUUUGUCUCUCUGCGGUGUUAGGUAUAACAUACAAAGUCAAGUAAGCCUUGUUGUUCUCGUGCUUUGGGGAUUCAUGACAGGAUACAACUCCCAUGCUAAGAUUUUGGCCCUCGAUUUGUGUUGCUUUUGAAACAGGGCCACUAAAGCUGCAUUUCUCUCCUUAAGGUUGUAGGGCGACAAAUCAGUCUCUGCAAUGAGUAAUGCCUCACCUUUCACCUAGUGUGGCUGAGGCUGGUGGCUGCCUUGAUAUAUUCCCUUCACUUAAUAGUGUGUGAAAGAUUUAGUACCUUUCAGGAACCUAAAAGCAUUACAACAUUAGUGUUUUGUAAUUGCAGUACCAGAGAAAUUAUAACAGACAAUAGCCACAUUUUUUGCAUCUUGUUAUGUGUAAGCAAAAGGAAAAACAUAAAGAUAAAGAUGUGCUCCCAUGCUGCUCAGCCCUGCUCUUCCUAUUUGGGUGUAGUUUAAAUACUUUGUUCACAGUGUGGUAUCACAGGUUUGUCUGGCUUACCUUUAUGUUAACUUAAGUAAACUGAAAGGUUUACUAUCUUUAGCUCUCCUGGCUGCUUUUUUCCUAUAUGGUAUAGAAUCAAUUCUGCUUUUAGCCUUUUCAAACCACACUUGCACCAGUGUUUUUUUAUUGGUAUAUUGGAAUUGGGAUUAAUUGGUUCGUAAACAGUUCCAGUGUAUUGCCCUGUAAUUAUAAUAUAUAUAAUUUAAGCAGGUUGAUCUAGUUGUGAGAGUAUUGUUUAGACUUGCUGAGGUGAUGUGGGUCUAUUACGACAAUAGUACGGAGUCCCCAGAAAAUCACAGUGGGAAAAACUAAUUAUGUGUUCCUGUGUAUUAACUUUUGCGUUCCUUCACAAGUAGUCUCGCAUUGCCAGACCUAUCGCCACAGCGCGAGUAUGGUCUGGCUGCACGAGUUAACAUUCUGGUAUAGCUGGAAAAACGCUCUGGAUUGUUUGUAUUUCUUUAAACCAAUCACAGUCAUGUUGGGGCGGUGCUGAGACCCAAAUGCAGCCACGGUGCUCUUGCAAAAUGGAUAUAGAUAUAAAAUAGAGCUAAAGGGGAGGAGAAUCCCCGACGCCUCGGAUGUCAGGCUUUAAACCCACACCCCUUUCACUAAGCAUCCCAGUAUGACCAUCCUUGUAACCUUACAGUGCGCCUCAACUGAAAAUGACAUCAGAUCUAUAUAUAUAUUUAAAGAUUUUACAAAGCUGAAUUUCUCACGUUUUGCUCUGUUCUCUAACACCUCCAUGUACCGUAUGUCAGUCAUUAUGUGUUCAAACAGCUGUGGGAAAAAGUAUGCAGCCAUGAUUGGAAAUGAAGCCAAAUCAUUUUUGAGUUGUACUCGCACUAGAGUUGUGUUCUGUGCAGUACUCUUUUUAGGUGUCAGAUUUUUAAUUGUUUUUAGUCAUAGUAUGAAUAUCCUGGCGUUGGUUGUUUUGUGUGCAGAGAGGAUCUGUGGUGUGGUCAACAAACCUCUCCAUGCUAUGAUGACCUCUCCUUUUUGACUUGUCCUAGUUCACCUAAGUAGCUGCUUAGGUGAAACUCUUCUAUCUUUCUCCUGUUCCUUUAGUUUAUGUUGGCCUGUAAUACAUGUCCAUUAAACCAAAGUAAAAAAUGCCAUUAACAUCAACUACCGUUGUGUAAUCAGGUCAAAGGCAGCUGAGUACUAAUUUGGAAACUACUUUUUGUCCAGACCGAACUGAUAACGGUGACUCUUAUGUGCCCAUAACUGGCAAAUAUGUUGCACUAUUACCUGGUUUUAAACUGCACACAUUUUUUUUUUGUGUGUUGCUUAGCUCGGGCAGUUUAAAUUAAUAAAAAAUGUCAAUGCAAAUCAUUUAAAUGUUUUGUUCAUAAACAAAGAAGCUGUACACUUUAAUUUUAGAAGACCACUUUACAUUAUUUGGUGAUGUUUCUGCCAGUUUGUUAAUGUUUGCGAUAAUGUGUUAUAAUUAUAAUAAAAAUAGUUAAUAGUGG